AUGUUCCUCCGCAUUUGGAGGAACAUGGCAGAGUGCUCGGGCCCACCGCAGAAAUGUCCACGUGCCACCGAAGGUGUCUGGAAGCUGAACAAAAACAACCACCUUCAUGACUGUGACCCCAGCGUGAAUGCGCCAAAUGUCAGAGUGAAAGACAAUAAAUCCCAGACAUCACCGCUCACUGACAAACAGCCUCGGCCGGGCUACUUUGAGGCCACACCAAGGCUGCAACAAGGGGAGGGGGAGUUCCCUGCAGGAAAACGUGGCCCGGACGAAAACAACGGCCACGGUCUUAAUUCUUUAAAUGACCAGGGGACCUCACUGCCCGGACAUGCUGAGGCUGAUAAGCUACAACCGAAUAAAGACACCGUGUUCUUCAGGGACGGACUCCGCAGGAUCGACUUUGUGUUGUCUUAUGUGGAAGACAAGGACGGAGAAAGGAAACAGGAGAGGAGGAGGGCGUUUGAGGCCAGCCUUAAGAAAGCAGGGCUGGAGCUGGAGACGGAGGACAAAUCAGAAUCGGAUGACGGAAAGACGUACUUCUUGAAGAUCCAUGCUCCGUGGGAGGUGCUCGCCACCUACGCUGAUGUCUUGAAGAUUAAGGUUCCUUUUAAGGCCAGUGACAUCCCCAACGCCCAAGACGUGACCCUGGAGUGGCUUUCGCAACCUUUCCGCCUGCCGGAGCACAUCAUCCACCCGGAGCCGGACUACUUCACCUCCCCCUUUGACAAGGGCAAGAUUGACUUCUUCCUCAUCAAUGACAAGGACACAUUGUUCUCACCCUCCACCAGAAACAGAAUCGUGUACUACAUCCUGUCUCGCUGUGCAUAUUUCAAAGAGGACCGAAAGGAAAAAGACAAGAAAGGAAUCAAACGCCUGCUGAGCAACGGGACUUACUCUGCAGCGUUCCCUCUCCACGACUGUCGAUACUGGAAAAGGGCCAGGAACGCUGAAUGUGAGAGUGAACGCUACACGCUGUACAAGCACUGGGCCAGGUUCCUCUCGUUCUACAAAGAGCAGCCGCUCAACCUCAUCAGGAAGUAUUAUGGAGAAAAGAUUGGGAUCUACUUUGCCUGGCUGGGCUUCUACACGGAGAUGCUGUUCUUUGCAGCUGUCAUGGGCGUAAUAUGUUUUACCUAUGGAGUCCUCAGUUAUGACGACAACAUCUCGAGUAAGGAAAUCUGUGAUCCCAACGUUGGAGGAGACAUCAUGAUGUGUCCACUUUGUGAUAGAAACUGCAGUUUUUGGAAGCUCAACUCGACCUGUCUCUCAUCCUGGCAAUCCCAUCUGUUUGAUAAUGAGGCGACAGUGUUCUUUGCCAUAUUUAUGGGGAUUUGGGUGACGCUAUUCCUGGAGUUCUGGAAGCGACGGCAGGCCCGGCUGGAGUACGAGUGGGACCUGGUGGACUUUGAGGAGGAACAACAGCAGCUUCAGAUGCGACCUGAAUUUGAAAUCAGGUGCACUAGCAGGAGACUCAACAGGAUAACUCAGGAAAUGGAGCCUUACCUCCCCGUCACCAGCAAGUGUGCUCGCUUCUGCCUCUCUGGAGCAACUGUUAUCUUUUGGAUUUCUCUCAUAGUGGCCUGUAUUAUCGGGGUGAUAGCCUACAGGCUGGCCGUGUUUGCCGCCUUUGCACGUAUCAUGAAAGAAAGUCACACGAGGAAGAUCCAGCUGGUGGGCAACCUCAUCACGCCACAGCUGGCCACCUCUGUCACCGCUUCCUGCAUCAACUUUGUCAUCAUCAUGAUCCUCAACUUCUUCUAUGAACGCGUGGCCAUCUGGAUCACUGAUAUGGAAAUCCCCAAGACCCACCUGGAGUACGAGAACAAGCUGACCAUGAAGAUGUUCCUGUUUCAGUUCGUCAACUACUACUCCUCUUGCUUCUAUGUUGCCUUCUUCAAGGGCAAAUUUGUGGGAUAUCCUGGUAACUACACCUACAUGUUUGGCAAAUGGAGCAGAUUGAGAAAUGAGGAGUGUGACCCUGGAGGCUGUCUGAUAGAGCUGACCACUCAGCUGGUGAUCGUCAUGGCAGGGAAGCAGCUAUGGGGGAACAUCCAGGAGGCCCUGCUGCCGCUGAUGCGUAACUGGUGGGGUAGCAGAAAAGGACGACACCAACCUGAAAACCAGUACAGUCGCUGGGAGCAGGACCACGACCUGCUGAACUUCAGCCAACUCGGCCUCUUCUACGAAUACCUGGAGAUGGUGAUCCAGUUUGGCUUCAUUACCCUUUUCGUGGCUUCCUUCCCCUUGGCACCGCUGCUGGCCCUCUUCAACAACAUCUUGGAGAUCAGGGUGGACGCCUGGAAGUUCACCACCCAGUUCAGAAGGCCCGUGGCAGCGAAGGCCAGAAACAUUGGCGCCUGGCAGGAGAUCCUCAAUGUGGUAGCCAUCCUGUCUGUUGUCACUAACGCAUUCAUCAUGGCGUUCACAUCAGACAUGAUCCCCCGGCUGGUCUAUCUGUAUGCCUACCAUGACGACAAGGAGGCCACCAUGAAGGGCUACAUCAACAACAGCCUGUCCAUAUACAAAUUCCCUCAGAUCUCGAACUACAGCGUGCCCCUCGACGGAGAGAGACGCGAGUGGUACGAUAGCUCCAUCACCACCUGCAGGUACCGUGAUUACCGCUACCCUCCUGGCCACCAGAAGGAGUACACCCACACAAUGCAGUUCUGGCACAUCCUGGCAGCCAAAAUGGCCUUCAUCAUCAUCAUGGAGCACGUGGUGUUUGUGGUGAAGUUCUUCGUGGCCUGGUUGAUCCCAGACGUCCCGUCAGAGGUGAAGGCCCGGAUCAAACGGGAGCGCUACCUGAUCCAGGAAUACCUGCAUAACUACGAGGUGGAGAAGCUCAAACUUCAGCUGAGCGCCAGUUUCGCCACGGAGCCGUGCUCAGAGCUCAGCUCCGAGUACACCGCUGCUGUGGACAAGCACGAAGUGCUGUCUGAGUGCCUGUAGACUCCGCUGCCCUGCCCUGCCCUGCCCUGCCCUGCCCUGCCCUGCCCUGCCCUGCCCGGCCCGGCCCUGCCCAGCCCUGCCCUGCCCGGCCCUGCCCUGCCUGCCUCCGAGUACUCCGAGCCGAAGUACCUGAAGGUCUCCGGCGCGGAGAAGUUUCUCUCCACCGAGAACGAUCAUAACCAAGGGCUUCGACCAGUGAGACUAAAGUGCUACUAUUUGCCAUCGAUGUCUUUAAUAUCUUUUUACUUCGUACACGAGUGAAACGCAGCCGUGUUCCACACUGUAAUCCUAUAUUAGGAUCUUGUCGAGAGGCAUCGGGAAAAUUUCCACCGAAUAUGAAAUAUUUGCAUAUCAACCUAGUGAGGAUCCCGCCUCCCGUCAUCUUGUUUUAAAUGCAAGUUGUCCUUAUUCGGCGUUGGGAGAUGUUAUGGGACGCGAAGCUCUGCAGAUCACAUGUCCAAACUACAACAAGUACCCUGACAGAAUAAUGUCAGCACCCUUCUGAAUAACCUGAACAUUUCAAGUCAACCGGGAGGAACAUUUACCUCCAUCAGUACUGUGCUCAAGACAUAUAUGAAGAUAUAUAUAUGAAUAUUGUAUAGUAACUUCUGUCUGUCAACGAUGAAUGUACUUACAUAUAUCUCUAUAAAGGGAGGAACAUAUUAUUACAUUAUAUUCAAUAUCUCGUUAUAUGUUGUUUUUAAACAUUCAAAUCAGUCAUAGCCCCUGUGUGAUGGCCCGGCAUCCUGUCCAGGGCGUCUCCCCGCCUGCCCGCCCAAUCACUGCUGGGAUAGGCUCCCGCAUCCCCGCGACCCCGAGAGCAGGAUAAGCGGUUCGGAUAAUGGAUGGCUGGCUGGGUUUAGAGACUGCCCAUUUAAACCAAGUCUUAAACUGAUGCCGUUACAGUCAAUUAACUUGCAUUAAUCGAUACGUCAUGCCAUUUGAUAUAUGCGUCGUUCAAAUUCCUCUUUGUGCAGUCACACAUCCAUAUUACAUACGCAGAGACGGCAACCGGAGGCCAACGUGCAAUCUCCCCGGCGUGGGACCGCCGGCCUGCGGUGGGGCAAAUCGUUGGUUUUCGCCUGAACAGACCAGUUCGGCAUCACUCCGUGAGGGGAGUCAGCGCCCACUCGUGUACAGUUUGAGUUUUAGGUUGAUCGUUCGUACCCGUGUACCGUAGACCGAACUGGUCUUCCAGCAUGCAUGGAGCGUAGAUGGAGGAGUAGAUGGAGGAGUCGUGAAUUACCUUUUCCCUGGUGUACAUGUGAGCGUGAAUUUCAUGAAGGGAGCGACUCGUGUGUAGAAACUGAGCAGGCGGGUACGGCUGCAUGUAGAUAGAUAGAUGAGAGUAUAGGCUGUUAGCUAUUUAAGAUGCUUCGGAACGCAAUUAAUUUAUUAAUCGGCGGCUGGUUCCUGAAGCAGUUGACGCUGAUUUUUUUUCUUUUCAUAAGUUUUUUUUUUUUAUUCAUUUUCAAGAGGUCUCUCACGUUAUAGAUUUAUUUUACUCUUACAAAAACAGCUGACCGUCAAAAGUCACAGUAUUCACUAAAAUCAGAAUACGUUAAAUGCGUCCUAUAGAUCACCAUUUAUGCUAAACUUUACCAAAGGAUCCAGGCUAAGAACUACCUCUGCAUUCACACACACAUAUAUAUAAAUAUAAAUAUAUAUAUAUGAAACCCAGUUGUGAUUUGGGUUCUGUACUGCAGCCCAGCCGUGCACGGUGUGUUACCUUUAGUAUCCACACAAUACGACGUAUUCUGAGCGUGUGCGUUUGUUUUCACCUCUCUCCGUGCGUUGCUUCGUGCUGUCGGUCACGCAGUUGCUGUUCAGAUAUCAGCACCUGAGGUGGAAAGUUAAAAAGUCAGCAUGUCUUUCUCUUAUCUGCAUUAGAAGCCCCCCGGCGGGGGCUGAGCCUCAUAGGGGGAAGCAUGCAGUUGGCAAAAGACGGGUCGCGUGUGUAACCUGUACAAUAGAUUUCCUAACAAACAAACAAACUAAUGCCUUAAAUGUCUGUGUUUACUUGUUUUUUUAUAUGUUUUUGUAUUAACAGUACUGUCUCGGCGGAAGACAUCGUGUCUCGUUUUGUCAGCGAUCCACGCUGGUCAACGCGGGUAGGCCGGCUCUGUCCUGCUUAAGGUGCAUGAAUUGUUUUUUUUUUCUUUGUCAGCAUUUCGCCAGUUGCAUUUCCUAAUUUCGUUCUAGCCCAAUGUACAGAAGUGAAGUUGGUCCAUUAAGCCUAUAACUAAUAUCAAUAAAUCAUCUGUACC